CGUGACCAUGACCAGUUACAGUGGCGUGUGGAUUUCAUCGCUGCUGUGAACGGCAGCUUUGCGCUCAGUUGCCGAGAGUUGAAAGGGAAGAUAUUCAUGUCUCUUUGUAGGUCUUAAGCCGCCCAAGACACCACUAAAUUACUCAGAUCGGCAGCUAAACAUACCAUCUUUGCAAUGCCGAUUUUAGUUUUUCUCGUCGAUACCAGUGCGUCGAUGAAUCAACGGACUUAUGUUGGGACUACAUUACUUGACGUAGCGAAGGGGGCCGUAGAGACCUUCAUGAAGAUAAGAUCUCGCGAUCCGGCGAGCAGAGGGGACCGCUACAUGCUCGCCUCUUACGAUGACCCACCCGCCACAAUAAAGGCUGGGUGGAAAGAAAACCAUGCAACUUUUAUGAAUGAAUUGAAAAAUUUACAAGCGAUCAGUUUGUCCGGUCUUGGACCAGCUCUGAAACAGACACUAGACUUGUUGAAUGUCAAUAGAUUACACUCUGGUAUUGACAACUAUGGACAGGGACGUAAUCCAUUUUUCCUGGAACCUGCCAUGAUAAUCACGUUAACAGAUGGUAAUAAACUGAGCAGUUCAACAGGGACACAAGAAGAGCUUCAUCUUCCUAUGCAUUCCUCCCAUCCCGGAAGUGAACUGACAAAGGAACCAUUCCGGUGGGAUCAGAGAUUGUUUUCCAUUGUCUUGCGGAUGCCAUCCACUCCCAAUCCGUACAUUGACCGGAAUCCAGCCCAUCCUUUGCCGCCAGCGGAGGAUUGUCCAAUUAACGCCAUGUGUGAUGUUACAGGCGGUCGUUCUUACAUCGUGAAUUCUAUCAAGCAGCUUCACCAGUGUUUAGAGUCGUUAACUCAAAAAGUUCUGAGUGGUGUUGUACUUAAUUUUGAACUUUACGGUCCAGAACCGAUGCCGGUGAGCGUUGAAGCAAAUAAACCACUUUUACUUAGCAAUAACAUUGACCGGAAGUCUCCAGUUGUCAUAGAUACAGAAAGACAGACUAAUGGUCCAUUAAUUGAGAAUAACAAUGUUGAUAAUAGCAGAGGUAAAGAAGAAAAAGAUAAAAACUCACUGCUGAAUCACCUUGGGCCUGGAGUGCCUGGCAAUAAUUUACGAUCCAUAUCACCGACAUGCAUGUCCAGUACAGCGUGGCAUUGCUGCCACAAGAUUAUUUACGUUAGGCCAAACCCCAAAACUGGUGUUCCCAUGGGUCAUUGGCCGAUACCAGAGUCAUUUUGGCCAGAUUCUACCGCACCAACGCUGCCUCCAAGAGAUGCUCAUCCAGUUGUUAGAUUUGUGUGUUCAGACUGCGAGCCGAUGAUAUUCGAUAAUUUACCAUUCGACAAAUAUGAACUAGAACCGUCGCCGCUGACACAGUUUAUUUUAGAAAGAAAAUCACCGCAAUUAUGUUGGCAGGUUUUUGUAAGCAAUAGUUGUAAGUACUCAGACCUAGGCUAUCCCUUUGGUUAUCUCAAAGCCAGCGUCAGCUUAACCUGUGUGAAUCUAUUUGUAUUGCCGUAUAAUUACCCUAUGUUGAUUCCAUUACUAGAUGAACUUUUUAAGGUGCAUAAGUUGAAGCCAAGUGCCAAGUGGAGACAGACGUUUGAUAACUACCUCAAAACCGUACCAAGCUACUAUGCAGGGUCACUUCGUACCGCACUACGGCGUAUGGGGACCCCAAAUUUAAUACCUGAUAAUGUGGAAAACUGUUUGGGAUACAGUGUCGUGUCACACCUUAAGAAGUUAAAACAGCAGUCUAAAAUAGAAGCUGAUCGGUUAGCCGCACAGAUCAAUAGUCUGAAACAAAAACGACCAGAUGGAACAGUGAAAGUCGUACCAAGGUCGCCUUUACCAUCUCUGGCUAAGCAAAGAGACUUUCAACAAUUACUGCAGAACAUCACAGGAGAGACGAUUACAAUUAAACAAGAUCUAAACAACGUUAACGAGUUUCCAAAUUUCACACUCGUCACGAGUGAGAAAGAUAUCAGGCCACAAAGUUAUCGCAAUCCAUUUGAUAUUCCACGGAAAAAUCUACUUGAUCAGAUUGCUAGAAUGCGAACUAACUUUGUUCGAACGACGGCGACUACAGAUCCCAGAUUUCAAGAUGAAGAUCAGAGUCAUAGUAUUCCCGUUGCUGAGAUGGGAAACUACCAGGAAUAUUUGAAGCGUAUGCCUCCAGCAUUGCGGGAUGCUGAUCCGGCUCCGGCUAGACUACACACAUUUGGAAACCCGUUUAAGUUGGACGACAAAAACAAGAAAAUGAUGGUUGAUGAAGCUGAUGUAAAUGAAGCAAUGACGGGCCCACAAGUGCGAAAUAAACGACAGAAUGACACACCUCCAGGCUCACCCAGACGUCCACGUAGUUUAACGGCGUCACCACCAAGUCGAAGACCUUUGCCUAAUAUGCCACCAAAUUCUCCCAACAAUUAUUUGAGGCGGAGUCCUUCACCAAUGCCACACGGGAAACCUCAGUAUCUGCACCCCCAACAACAACAACAACAACAACAACAACAACAGCAGCAGCAACAACAACAACAACAGCAACAACAACAAGCUAUGCAACACCAACACCAGUUGAAAGAUACUCUGAAGGAACUUAACAGGCAUGUACAGGAUGAGGUGGAUAAUGUGCGUGAAAUUCUAAGCUUGACGACAAAUCAACAUCAGCCAAAACUAGAAAGUGUCAAUCAUAUUGGCAACAAUACAAACGACACAAUUGUGAGGAAUGUUACAAAAAGGCCCAGGAUGGACAAUGACUUUGAGCCAAUCGCAGGGAAUGUUACAAAGAAACUUAAACCUGAAAUGGAAGCGAAUAAAAAUGUUGCGAUACGAACUGAAUUGAAUGCGACAACAAUGAUGCGAAGGAAUUUGGUGCUACGAGAAGAAAUAUUUAAAAUUAUUAGAAGGCCCGGGAAAAAUUACUCAAGGAUUUUCGAACACUUGAAUGGAGUACACGGUGAUUCCAAUAUCAGGACUUUGUUUGUGAACGAAAUUAUUCGGGAAGCCGGGAGGUUUAAGCGGAAAGAACUUAUUCAACAUUUGAAAAUGUUUCAGCAGUCCAUACUGAAACCCAACAGAACAUUCUCUCGUCAAAACAGUGUCUCUUCGCACCAUGGUAAAAGGUAGUGUUUGCGACGCUUCACCUGAUCUGUAGAUGAUAAAUAUAGUCAACUUAUCUGUAGGUGGUAGAUUUGAUGUUGAAAACACCCCUAUGAUUGGAAUGGUCCAAUCCAUGGUGAUGCAUGAUGGGAGAAUACACAUUUUCAGGACAAAUG